AUGGCAGACCAGGUAGUCAUCGUGACCGGGGCGGGAAAUGGAAUUGGUCUCAGCAUGAUCCAGCUACUGAUGAAGUCGGCCAAAGUGUCCCAUGUAGUUGCGGUGGAUCUAAACAUUGAUAAACUGAAAGCGAUACAAAAGGAGCAUCCCGAGAAGGUGUCUUUGGUCACCGGAGACGUCUCUAAGACUUCGACCAGUAUUGAAGCUGUUGAGACAGCCGUUAAACAGGGAGGGCAUCUCAACUCCUUGAUCUUGAACGCAGCCAUGGUGCGACCUACCGGGUAUCUUCCCAAGCUGGUAGUGAACGACUGGAGAAAGGCAUUUGAUGUAAACUUUUUCUCCCAGCUCGAUAUGAUGCAACAGGCGUGGCCGCAUUUACUGGAGAGCGAAGGGAAUGUGAUGAUGACAUCAACCAGAGUCUCUCAGGAGCCGACUGAUUCAUGGACCUGUUAUGCCACCACAAAGGCGGCAUUGAACUACCUGUGUUCGUGCCUGCCCCUUGAAGAACCCAAGAUCAAAUACGUCGCCAUCACUCCUGGGGCGGUCGACACAGAUUCUCAAACUGCUUCACGCCUGGACGGUAAGAUCAAGAACUUCUCUCCUAAGAUGCGCAAAUUUUUGAACGAGAUAUACUCGAGCAACAAGCUCCUCAAGCCCGAACAGCCCGCUUCUGCAUUUGUCAAGCUCGUGGAGACUGGUAUACCCGACAAAUUCACGGGCAAGACGAUCUACUGGGGUGACAUAUAG